CCUUUCACAGAGAGCCCUGCUUUAAGCUAAUCCCUAUUUUCUUCAAGCUUCCCAGUGAAUAUUCUGAUGUACUCCUGCCGAGGCCAUUGAAAGAAGUUUUCAGGAAGAGCCCGGGGACAUAUUGACUAUUACAAACUUCUCCACAACGUGCCGCUUCCUUGAUUCCCUUGAAAGGUAUUGCUUUUCUUAUAAGUUGCGAUGUAUGUGAGGAGAAUAAAGACUGAUGGUAAAACAUGGAGUCUUGUAUCUCAACGUGGCAAACAUUUGAUUAGUUCUUACUACCGCAACUGUGCUCCUACUCAAACUUCAAGCUCUGCACCAAUUCUUGAGAGCUGCACGUUUCAAGGUACCUUGAAUAGAAGACAUCUGCUAGAUACUUUCAAGUCAACAAGUAUUGGCUAUGGGAGAACACAUAUAAGGUUGCUUAGAAGGUCAGAUGUCUGUUUAAGUUGUAGCCAGUUGAGGUUUUAUAGCUCUGAAGGUGAUGGAAGAAAUGCAAGUGAGGAUAAACAUGCACGCACAAUAGAACAACCUAGCUCUGACAAGGCAAAGACUUGGAAACAAAAAGUUGGUGAACAGGUGAGACAUUGUGAUGGACAUGCUGAACUUGGUGAGCUAGAACAGAAGGAAUGGCUUUGCAAUGAAAAGCUGUCAAUUGAUAGUAAGAAGAAGGAGUCACCCUUUCUGCCUAGAAGAGAAAGAUUUAAAAAUGAGUUUUUAAGGCGGAUUGUUCCGUGGGAGAAGAUAGCUGUAUCAUGGGACACUUUUCCUUAUUAUGUCCAUGAACACACUAAGAGCCUCCUGGUGGAAUGUGCCGCCUCACAUCUAAAGCAUAGAAAGCUUACUAUGGAUUAUGGUGGCCACUUAAAUUCGUCAAGUGGGAGAAUUAUGCUUCAGAGUAUUCCGGGCACUGAACUUUAUCGAGAAAGAUUUGUCCGAGCAGUUGCUAAAGAUUUGAAAGUCCCACUGUUAGUUCUUGAUAACAGCAUUCUAGCUUCCUAUGAUUUUGGUGAAGAUUGCUCAUCUGAAAGUGAAUCAGAUGAGGAUGCAGAAUCAGCUGAAGAGUAUGCUUCAGAGUCUGAAGUGGAUGAUGCGACUGAAGCAGCUAAUGAGGAGGAAUGGGCAAGCAGUGGAGAGGCAAGGUCUGAAGCUAGUGAUGACGAAAGAGAUGUUCAGGCAUCUGCUGAAGCCCUAAAGAAACUUGUUCCUUACAAUCUUGAAGACUUUGAGAAGAGAGUAUCUGGAGAAAGUGAUGAUUCUUCUGAAUCCCCAUCAUCAGAAGCUGUUGAUAGUUCAGAAAAUACCAAACGGCCAUUUAGAAAAGGCGAUCGAGUAAAAUACGUUGGACCUUCUGUUAUUGUUGAAGCUGAUAACAGGAUUGUAUUGGGGAAGAUAGCUACUUCUGACGGUCCAACAAAUGCUUACACUGUAAUUCAUGGCAGAACAUUGUCGAGUGGUCAACGAGGGGAGGUCUAUGAGUUGGGUGCAGACCAAGUUGCAGUUAUUCUGGAUAUUAGUGAUACAAAAAUGGAUGGGCAGAAGGAUGAGAAACCCAUGGCAGAAGAUGCCAAGCCAUCAGUAUACUGGAUUCCUGUCAAGCACAUGGAGCAUGACAAUGAUGUUCAGGCUGAAGAGACAUACAUUGCUAUGGAGGCACUUUGUGAGGUCCUAAAGUCCGUGCAGCCCCUUAUUGUCUACUUCCCAGACUCUUCCCUGUGGUUGUCUAGAACUGUAUCCAAACCAAAUCGAAAAGAGUUUCUCCAAAAGGUUCAAGAAAUGUUUGAUCAAUUAUCUGGACCAGUUGUUUUGAUUUGUGGGAAAAACAAGAUUGAGACUGGAACAAAAGAAAAAGAAAAAUUUACAAUGAUACUUCCAAAUUUGGGCCGUCUUGCUAAGCUGCCUCUUCCUUUAAAGCAGCUUACAGAGGAAUUAAGUGCCUCAAAACGAUCUGAAGAUGAUGAAAUACAUAAACUUUUCACUAACAUUAUGUAUAUUCCACCCCCUAAGGAUGAGGAUACCCUUGGAACAUUCAAUAAGCAGAUUGAAGAAGACAGGAGAAUUGUGAUAUCUCGAAGCAAUUUAACUGAAUUACACAAGGUUCUCGAGGAGCAUGAUCUAUAUUGCUUGGACUUGUUGCAUGUCAAUUCUGACGGUGUCAUACUGACAAAACAGAAGGCAGAGAAGGUUGUUGGUUGGGCAAAAAAUCAUUAUUUGUCAUCAUGUGUUGAACCAUCUAUUAAAGCAGACAGAUUGUAUUUGCCUCGCGAAAGCCUUGACAUUGCAAUUUUGAGAUUAAAAGAACAGGAGGCCAUGUCAAAAAAGCCUUCACAUGGUCUGAAGAGUCUUGCCAAAAACGAGUACGAGAGUAACUUUUUAUCAGCAGUUGUUCCUCCAGGUGAAAUAGGAGUUAGGUUUGAUGAUGUUGGUGCCCUUGAAGAUGUGAAAAAGGCACUGAAUGAACUUGUGAUUCUCCCUAUGCGGAGACCAGAGCUUUUCUCACAUGGAAAUUUGUUGCGGCCUUGCAAAGGAAUAUUGCUUUUUGGGCCACCCGGCACAGGAAAAACCCUUAUUGCUAAAGCACUUGCAACAGAAGCUGGGGCAAAUUUUAUGAGUAUUACUGGUUCAUCCCUUACUUCAAAGUGGUUUGGAGAUGCGGAAAAGCUCACAAAGGCACUGUUCUCUUUUGCAAGCAAACUAGCACCUGUAAUCAUCUUCGUUGAUGAGGUUGAUAGCUUGCUAGGGGCUCGUGGUGGUGCCUUUGAACAUGAGGCCACUAGAAGAAUGCGUAAUGAAUUUAUGGCUGCGUGGGAUGGCUUGAGGACAAAAGAUAGCCAACGGAUCCUAAUUCUUGGUGCAACAAACCGUCCAUUUGAUCUUGACGAUGCUGUUAUUCGACGUUUACCAAGAAGGAUUUAUGUGGACCUUCCAGAUGCCGAAAAUCGACUAAAAAUACUUAACAUAAUUCUUGCACAAGAAAAUUUAGAGACAAACUUUCCGUUUGAGCAACUGGCAAAUGCAACUGAAGGUUACUCAGGAAGUGAUUUGAAGAACCUUUGUAUUGCAGCAGCAUAUCGGCCUGUUCAGGAACUACUGGAGGAGGAAAUGAAGGGAGGGAAACCUGAUGGGCAUACUACUUUACGGUCGCUCAACUUGGACGACUUUCUUCAAUCAAAAGCAAAGGUGGGGCCAUCGGUUGCAUAUGAUGCAGCCAGCAUGAACGAGUUAAGAAAAUGGAACGAACAGUACGGUGAAGGUGGGAGCAGGAGAAAGUCCCCAUUCGGUUUUUGAACCAAAAACAACCGGAAUUGCUUAACUAACCAUAUCGGGAUACAGACAAAGCAUGCUGAAAGGAUGCGUGUUUGCAAAGGUUCCUCGCUUCGAUCUAUACAUAUAUUCUCCCUCUAUAACCUGUAAGAGAAGCGUGUAAUAUUAUCAAAUGCAUUUAGCUGAGAGAAUUAGCAGAAGUUGCGUAGGAUGCAACUUCAACUCAAUCAUUUUUCCCUCUUAUAGAAGAAAAUUAUCUUGUUUUCUAUGAAAAUUUCUCUUCCUUUUUAAUUUCAUUCUUUUUUAUUAAAAAAUAAUUUUUGUUUUAUAUUAUUUAUUUUCCUAGCACUAGGCAGAAUUUUGUACCAUAGGGUAUGAUUUCCAGUGUAAUUGUAGACACCAAUGAACGUUAAAAAUAUAUAGAGACAUCCUUAUUUCUUAA